AUGCGGAAGAGGACAGAUGGAUAUAUGAAGAAGAAACCAAAAGGUGCGUACCACUAUAAAGACGGCGCUGGUAGAUAUUCUAACCCUCGCAGAUUAGCUUAUGCUGUUCUUCGGCUAGACGUAUAUUUCAGCCUCGCAAUACAUCGACCUCCAUCUAUACGCUUUCAAGAACUUCGUCUUGCCCUUCCUGUCACUGAAACACUUUGGAAAGCUUCAAAAGCAGCCGAAAGAUAUCGCAUUCAGUGGUUCGAGCCAGCCGGACGUGAUAAGUGCAUUUUCCAGUCUGCCGUCCAGGAAAUUUUCCAGACUUCCAAUGAGUUGCCUGAUAAUCAGCGGCAUCCAUUUGAAGAGCCGGAUAGUCAUUUAGCCCUUUGUGCGAUCCAAGUGGAAAUAUGGUCGGCCAUCCAGACAUUGCGCCGCGGCGCAGAAUUUUUGACGUCCAUAAGCCAGAAAAAUAGCUUCAGCUACCAAAGAAACCACUUGGACUAUUGCCAAUCAUACCUCGAAGGAGCUUAUAAACGAGGUCACAUAUGUUACACAGGACGCUCGGAAUCACAACAUUUUUGGCUCACUCUCAAUCUGACUCUAUUCCACUUGACACUCCUCAACAUUCACGCGGAUAUUUCUCUUCUCGAAAACCAGCUCAGUGGUGAUUAUCGGCAAGAAAUGGAGUCCCAUAGAGCAGUUCGAGCAUGGGCAGAUUCCACUGAUGGCCGCAAAGCAGUAUUCCAUGCAGUCCAGCUGCAGAAGAAGCAUGAAUGCAAAACAUGUGCAUCGCGGCCGGAGUACUACAGAUAUUGGAACCCCUUGAGACCCAUAGCUUUGUUGUACAGUUGUAUCGUCUUAUAUGCCUACAGUGCCGAAUGCACGGCGUCUGUAGCCGAGGCCCGUACGGUGGUAGAACUGUCUGUCCUUGGCGGCACUGAUGAACCAACUCAAAACUGGUUACGGCAGGGGGGCAAUGCUUCUAUUCGGGGUAUCAUUCUGGGGAAAUCGGCCCUUUCUCAGCUGGUCUCAUGGUCUUGUGAGCGACUGGCAAUGUUCAACGCGAGCUGUCGCCGAUUCGAAAGAUUCGUGUUCAGAGUAGCCAAUUACCACUAG